AUUCCCAUGCAACAAUCAUGGCCAACAAUAUGCAACCUUUUUCCAUCUUCAAUGUUACCACAUCAAAUGCGUGUUCUCUACUUCUCAAUCAAUGAAUUCCUACCAAGUUAUGUAGCCUUGUACCUAAACACUAACCAUUUACACCCUUGGCAUCUGAUAUGUCAUCACCAUAGCAGAGCAACUCUUUCUUUCUCUAUCUCUCUGCUUCUCUAAUCUGACAAACAUCCCAUGGAGAAGGAAGGCCAAAACAAAGAUGGGACUUUUUUGCAGCACCCAUUUUUCCUUAUCAUUGUUCUGGCUUUUGGUUUUGUUAUGAUGGAUCCUUUUCAACUAGGUCCCGUCGGAGGCCUUCAAUUCAGGCCAGUGAAGCAUGACAUCGCACCAUACAAGGAAGUCAUGGGUAGUUGGCCUAGAGACAACAAAAGCCGGUUAGGAGAUGGCAAACUGGAGUUUGUGGAUGAGGUUUAUGGCCCUGAGUCAUUAGAGUUUGACAGCUUAGGGCGUGGCCCUUAUGCUGGAUUAGCUGAUGGGCGCAUUGUUAGAUGGAUGGGUGAGGAUAUUGGAUGGGAGACAUUCGCCAUUGUAACAUCAAACUGGUCAGAGAAGCUAUGCGCUAGAGGAGCUGACUCAACUACAGCUAAGCAGUGGAAACAUGAGAAAUGGUGUGGCCGCCCUCUUGGCUUAAGGUUCAACAAAGAAAGCGGAGAUUUGUACAUUGCUGAUGCCCACUACGGAUUGCUCAGGGUUGGACCUGACGGAGGACUUGCCACACCUUUGGCAACUCAUGUGGAAGGGAAGCGAAUACUCUUUGCAAAUGACCUGGACAUCCAUAGAAAUGGUUCCAUCUUUUUCACAGAUACUAGCAAAAAGUACAAUAGAGUGAAUCAUUUCUUCAUUUUGUUAGAAGGAGAAGCAACUGGGAGGCUUCUCAGAUAUGAUCCUCCUACUAAGACAACUCAUAUAGUUUUGGAUGGUUUGGCUUUUCCAAAUGGAGUGCAAUUUUCUAUGGACCAAGCUUUCCUCGUUUUCACUGAGACUACCAAUUGCAGGCUAAUGAAAUACUGGCUAGAAGGUCCAAAAACUGGGACUGUGGAACUUGUGGCUCAUCUACCUGGUUUUCCAGACAAUGUAAGAAUAAAUGACAAAGGCCAAUUCUGGGUAGCAAUAGACUGUUGCCGCACUCCAGCACAAGAAGUUCUCACCCACAAUCCAUGGAUGAGGAGCCUCUACUUUAGGUUACCUUUUAGAAUGAGUGUCUUAGCCAGAAUAAUAGGGAUGAGGAUGUACACCGUUAUCUCACUGUUCAAUGAGAAGGGAGAAAUUCUGGAAGUUCUUGAGGAUCCAAGGGGUGUGGUUAUGAAGCUAGUCAGUGAAGUUAGAGAAAUACAAGGGAAGCUAUGGAUUGGAACUGUGGCUCAUAAUCACAUCGCUACCCUUCCUUACCCUUGAGCACAUUCUACCUCCAAUAUCUCUGGAUAUUAUAUUUGUCUAACUAUGAAUAUGUAAUAUGUUCCAUUCAAGUGUCUUUCCUUUGCCUUUGUAAACUGUUUAUCCUGCUUUCUCUAGUAGAUCAAUGAAUGCUGUCCAGUAAGUGCUUACUGCUUCUGCUACUAAUUAAUUACUGUGUAGUAAAAAAAUUGUGAGACUAAUUUUUUAUUCUAGUGAUUACACUCCUGAUUCUGUUU